GAGAGAGGAGAGUAUAGAGAGAGUGGUUAGACUGUUUGCCAUUUAACUCGUAAGGCUAAAGUGGAGUUCUGCUAGAGGAUUUUAUCAGACCGGUGGAGCUGACAUUUGGGGAAUACAAGGGAAUGCAUAUAUAUAUAUAUGCAAACAACCAAGAUACUAUUACCUCAUAUCAUCACAGAGGUUUAGAUCCAUUUGCCUCACCAGAUGACCAGCCUAUGCCCCAGGCAGAAUUGCCAGCAGUACAGAAUAUCUAUGAUCUUCAAUCCUCUUGGCCACAACAACCGCAUGUAGAUAAUGGAGACACUCUAAGGCAGCCAGAGGAACAUCUAAACCAAGAGGAAACCAUUCCCGCAAAAGAAAUUGAUGUUGGAUUUGAUGACGAAAGAGACCAAGAGUGCCCAGACGAGACACAAGGUUACCCUUAUGCUGAACAGAAUUUAAAGGAAGGCCCAAAAGACCAAGUUGGUGAUUCUGGAAGUGGGUGUUAUAUAGAACAGGAAGUUGUUGAAAAACAGCAGGGGAUACCUGUAGAUCAAGAAGAUCCAUACGGUAUAGACAGGGUAGAUCAUGUUGAGGAGGAUGACUUUGAGACCGAAGAAGAUACUACCCAGGAGAGUCUGAAUCUUAAUCUUCAAAAAGCAGCCACAGGAACAGCUGAAGCGACAGAUGCAAAAGGUGACCUUCUACAACAAAUCCACCUAAAUCAACAAUUAGCAACAGCAGAUGGUAAUGUUGAGCAGGUUAUUGAAAAGGAAAGUAUUGAUGAAGAACAACAUCUAAAUCUUCAAGAAGCAGUAGUAGGAACAGCACUAGCAACAGAAGUGACAGGAGAUCAUCUAGAUACGCAAGAAGUGAUGGAUGAUACUGCAGAACAGGUUAUUGGAAAGGAAAAGGACACUGAAGAAGAACAUCUAAAUGCCAAAGAAGUGUCUGCAGUGGACCAUAUAAAACAGAAGGAUUUUGGUACAGAAAAGGAAACUGUCCAUGAUCAUUUAGAACCUUUAGAAGCAGAAAUAACUGAUAACAUUAAACAGGAAUAUUCUGAUAAAGAAGAGGAUCUACCAAAGGAUAUUGUAGAUUCAUUUGAAGCGACUCCUGAUAAUUUAGAGCAGGCUCAUUUUAAAAGUGAGGGGGAAACCCAAGAGGGUUUAGUUGAUUCUUAUGAAACCACAAAAAUAGACACUCCAGAGCAAAAAGAUAUUGAAGAAGAAAGAGAAAUUACAAAAGCAUACCAAGAUCCUUAUGAUGUUACUGAUGCUAAUCAGCAAGUAACAACUACAUUGCAACAAGAACCCAUACAAACCAGUGGAGAUCCAGGACUAAAUGAAAACGAAGAGGUACAAGCACCUGCGGAAGUCUACCAGGAUUAUGCACUAGGGACCGUUGAAGCAGCCCCUACAAAUGAACAAGAAGUUCAUGUAGAUCAGAAGGAGUUACAGGAAGAGAGUACACAAGAAUACCCAUCAGAGAAAGAAGAUUAUGUUGAGAAGGUGAAAGAAGAAGAUAUCACACAUCUCAGUGAAGUGAUUGACAUAGGGAAAGAUUCAGAAAAUCAAGAUAUGGAGCGAAUGGAAGGUGCCUCACAUGACCCACAGGGCAGUGUGUCCCUAAUAGAACCUACAUUUACACAGAAGCCAAUGCAUUCUGAAGAGCAAGUUGAAAGAGAAGCUAUAGGAUUAGAGAACCAAGUAGAGACUGAAGAAGAACAAGAACCAGAAGAGCUCCUAGACCCAUAUGCCCCUGAAAAUGCUGAUAUGGCUGAAUCAGCAGUCACUUUACAUUCUGAAGAUUCAGAACUGCUUGGAGACCAGCCAGCUCAACAAGACAUUAUUCCACAAGAAUAUAAUGAUACAUCAUUGAUAGGAGCAGAAGUUGGUACCAAAGAGACUGGAUUUGGAUCUUCAGAAAUGACUCCAUCUGAGGAUAAGGAUGUAGCAGAUAAACAUGAAAUGCUUCAAGAUGAUGUUGAUUUUACUAAAACCCUAGAUAACCAGGCAGAGGGUGGAAAUAUGCAACUAGAAAUGCCAACAGACCCGAUUGAUGCUGUGUUUAAGGCAAACUCACAAGAAAAUCUAUUGGGGCUUGAUCCCGAAGCUGCAGUUUGUGAAACAAAGCAAGAUGAGCCUCCUUCUGAAAACUUAGAACCAGUACUUGAGGGUGAUCAACAAGUCACCACAUCAAAGUCUUUAGAACAGACUGAUGAGGCAACUAUACUGACUGAAGAAGCUCAGUCAGGAGUGGUCCAUGAACCAAUUAAUUUUCCUUCAGAUGAGAGAGAAGAUGUCCACGUUGAUCUUUCAAAUGUUCAGGAUACUGUUGUGUCUACUACAGUUGAUGCAGAGUCUUUCCAAAGUGGAAGUGUUAUAGAGUCGCCAGAUUCACUUGUAUCUCGAGGUCUUUCAGAAGUUGAUAUUGAGCCUUCCCAGCAAAGUGCUGAAUAUACUUCCAUCCAAGAUGUUCCUGACAAUGUCCAAGAGAGUGGUCAUUACGAUGGUGGUGAAUGUCAAGAAGAAAUAAUAGGAGCUGACAAAUCUGCAGAACAACAAGUAGAAUCCAGCAGAAGUGAAGAAGAGUAUGAAAAUGAAACAUCAGAGCCCACUUCUCAGGGCAAAGCAGCCAAUUUGCCACUCCUGGACUUGGGUGAUGGUCCUGUGCAGAGUUUAUCCAUUGCAGAUGCCGACCAAUCUCCUGGCCAGCGAUCAUUUGAAGGAUCAUUCUCUCCCAUUGAGGAUAAUGUUGCAGUUUCCUUGGCCUUAGAGGAUCAGUCUCAUGUGGUAGAAAGUAAGGAUCAGGAAGAAAGUGAUGACGAUGCUCAUACUGAGACCACAGAGGUAGAAACGGAAGUGCAUGAAGACAAGGUUGAACAAGAAAUUCAACAUGAGGAAGAAUCAACAUACAAUACUCUUAAAGAAGUGCCUACUAAAGCUGGUGGAUCUGAUGAAGUAUCCUAUGACAAAAUCUUAGAUGAAGGAAAGGAUGCUAGUGAAGCUGCCGAAUCUCAAAUGACUAGUUCCAAUAUAGAUAAUGAUGGCCUUGUCCCAGAUCAUGCAGAAAUCUCACCUGAAAACCCUGAUACUAUGCAAACAAAGGUGGAGACAUAUUUAGAUGAUAAUGAAAAAACAAGUGAGGAAUACAACCAGGACCAUCACCCUCAGCUACCAGAAGACUCCAUGGCUAGGGCUGAUGUUGAAAUAGAGGAAAGUAUGAACAUCUCUGCUGCGGCGGAAGCUUCCCAAGAAGUAUCUCCUGAGGUUGGUGAUCAAGAAACACCAGACAUAGUAAUGCAGGAAUAUUCAGAAGAAGUGGAAGCUGAGCAAAAGUUACAUGCUAUCCCAGAUGUUUCCACAGAUGCUACACUGCAGAACACUGCUGAUAAACUACUCGGAGAGCCAGAAGUGGCUGAUGCACUUAUUUUGGAAAGAUCCAGGGGAAGUGCUACACCUCCUAACACACCUGAAGUAGUAUCAUCCUCUCCUCCGGAAAUGAUUACAGAACCUCAUCAGGAAUUGGUUCGGGAGCCUAUUCGAAGAGAACGUGAAGCAGUUGGUGAUCAAAUAACUUCUGAAGCUGAGCAGCUUGCACUCUAUGAUGACCAGGUAGUUCAAUCUGAACAAAAGCAAGAACCUCCAGCAGAAGAACCUAUUCAACAAGUAGAUGAAAAAUUGGCACCAGAGGAACACCAUCCUGCUGCUUCCAUAAGUGAAGACAAACAAUCUUGCACAGAAGUCACUGCACCAACUAUUCCCUUAAGUGUGCAGACUCCAGAGGUACCGAAAGCUGCACCUGCACAUGUUAAAGCCAAGGAUGGAAACAUGAAAUCCAGUCCAGCUAAGCAAAGGAAAUCUAAAGCUCCAACUGAUGUCAGAUCACCUUCUAAAAAGACCAUCCCAUCUGCAGCACCAAAAUCAAAAUCGGCUGGUAAACCAAAAGGAUCUGAGACACCAAAGAAAACAGCAGCUCCUUCAAGAUCACAACCAAAAGCAACUGCUCCAGCAGAUCAAAAGGAAACAACAAAAGCACCAUCGAAGUCCCCAGCAAAGAUACCUUCAAGGACACCAACAAAGUUACCAGCGGCUAAGGCACCAGUAAAGGCUUCUCCUAAGGUCUCAGCACCUUCUCCAGCUAGGCCCACAUCAGCCAAAAAGACUCCAGGACAAGCUUCUGUUGGUGUCACACAUACAAGACCGAAAACAGUUCCUCCAAAGAUGGAUUCAAAGCUUAGUGAAAGUAAACCAAAGCAAGAUAAGGUCAAGAUGUCAGGAGUGAAGCAGAAGACAGUUACUACGGUAACCAAGACCACACAUACAGAAGUAAAAUCUGCAAAGUCAUCACCAAGAAAAUCAGCUGAUGGAGAUUCUCCACGAGUCAGGCAUUCUCCAGGGCGGAAUGGUGUCUCAUCAAAGAUAGGCUCUCUAGACAACAGCAGGCAUUCACCUGGAGGAGGAAAUGUGAGGAUUCAGUCAGAGAAAGCCAACUACAGCAAGGUGCAGUCAAGAUGUGGUUCCCUUGGCAACGCAACUCACAAAGCAGGUGGUGGAAAUGUCAAGAUCUUUGAUGAGAAGGUUGACUUUAGAACUCGGGCCAACAGCCGAGUUGGUUCGCUGGAUAAUGCCCACCACUCUCCUGGGGGUGGGAACGUUCAGAUCCUCCAUGACCCAGUCACAUUCUCCAAAUCUGCCAGUAGAGUUGGUUCCUUAGAGAAUACCCAUCACUCACCCCAUGGGGGUAAAGUCAAGAUUCUGCAUGAUCCUGUUGCUUUUCCCAAGUCGUCUGUAUCCAGUAAAAUUGGAUCCCUGGACAAUGCCCAGCAUUCCCCUGGAGGGGGUAACGUCAAGAUUGCGAGUUCUUCCGUGGAUUUCAGCAAAAAGGCAAAAAGUAAAAUAGGAUCUCUGGAUAAUGCACACCAUUCUCCUAAGGGUGGAAAUGUAAAGAUUUUGAAUCAGUCGUCAGACUUCUCAAAGUCGGCUAAAAGUAAAGUAGGAUCUCUUGAUAAUGCAACACACACGCCUGGUGGAGGAAAUGUGAAGAUUCUGAAUCAAUCCACGGACUACUCAAAGACGGUGAAAAGCAAAAUAGGGUCGCUUGACAAUGCAACGCAUUCCCCAGGAGGAGGAAAAGUAAAGAUUGAAAACAAGAAGGUAGACUUCAGCAAGAAGGUGACCUCAAAGAUCGGUUCCUUGAACAAUGCCACGCAUAAACCAGGAGGAGGAAACGUAAAGAUUGAAAAAAAGAAGUUGGAUUUCAAAGAGAAAGCAGCCUCAAAGAUUGGCUCAAAGGAUAACAUCAAACACCAGGCCGGUGGUGGACAGGUCAAGAUUGAGAACAAGAAACUGGACUUCAAGGAGAAGGCAGCAUCGAAGGUUGGCUCAAAGGAUAACAUUGAACAUAAACCAGGAGGGGGUCAAGUAAAGAUACAAGAAGAAAAACUUGAAUUUAAAUCGAAGGCAUCAAGUAAGGUUGGUUCCCUUGACAACGCCAGUCAUAAACCAGGGGGAGGUGAAGUACAGAUUCUUGAUGAGAAAGUAGAUUUCAGUGCAACCGCUCAAAGUAAAGUUGGUUCUCUGGACAAUGCAGACCAUCAGCCUACCGGGGGAGAUGUCAAGAUUUUUGAUGAAAAGCCUACAUUCCAGCACGUCUCUCCUCGAACAGAUGAUGGCAUUCAUUAAGAUCAAAGCCAGUCCUCAUGUACUCCUCCUGCAAUCCCAUGACUGUGACUUCCCUGAAUGGUAACCCAUUCUCCAGUGUUAAAUGAAAGAAUCCCUCAUGGGUUAGUGGAACAGAAUCCCUGUAGACAUGGUGAGCUACACACCAGUCUUCUGAUGAUUGGAACAGGCGGUUAUUUCAGUAAUGACAUACAGGGUUGCAGAAGAUCUUACAUUGGAACCAUUCAAGAUUCACAGAUCUGGUCGAUCACCUGGAUUGCACCAGAGUUUCAGACCAGAAGGUCGUGUGUGUAUUGACCAUUCGGAUGUAAACUCCUUGACCACUCACUCGGUCAUUAACUCAUUGACUACUGCAUUCUCUGGUUAAUUUCAGUUGUCAGUCGGUAGGCAACAGAUUAAUUUGUACAUCGUUCAAAUCAAAACUCGUUUUAAGAAACAAUUAAAAUCAUUCAUUCUGCCAAACUUGCCAAGUGAUUGAAGCAAUGUUUGAAUUCCAGUGGGGCCAUUUUCCGGGAUAGCAUCUCAUGAAGCUUUUUGUUCAGGAUUUUCAUGGAUCAGUCUAAUGAAAUCCUUGACUGUAAGACACCAAGAUCGUCAUUAUUGUCAAAGUGCAUCAUGAUGCGCUCUCCUGGUCAUUCACAGAAUUCAGUGUGGAUGUGAAAAAUUAACUCGUCCAUGCUUGGUCCGCUGGUAACUGCAUUCUUUACUUUUCCUUAAGAAUUUCCCAUCUGCUGAGGUGUGGUACGUGAUCAUCGACCAAUUCGUGACCAUGUUCUUGUAGCAAAAGUUUUGUUGCUACUGGUGUCUUGAUCACACACAUCCAUAAUCCUCUCAAUUUUGAAAUUAUGUUCAUUUAAAUUUGUAAUUACGAGACAUGAUUUUAAUAAAAUACAUUUAUCUAUCUAUACGUCUGUCUAUCUCAUUUCUGUGAGUUUAUCAACAGAUUAACUUGAGAUUAUUUCUAAUGCACCUGUACUGUUUUUCAAAUGUAAUUUUUUAAAGUGUAAGAUGAACGUCCGGGUUUUAUUCUUUCAACUCAUAGAUGAAUACGAAGGUCUGUGGAAAGACUCUCCAUAGGAUGUUUGCAGUCAUUUGAUAAGAGUUUGUAAAGAGUUAGUGAGCCAUGAAACAAACCAUAGUACCAGCUGCUUUCAAUCAUGAUGCAGUCACAAUUUCAUGUAAAUCUUUGCUUAAAGCCAUGUCCAGGGGACUGUAACACAAAAGCUUAGCAAUCAGAACGUUUUUAUACGAUUGAUUGCAUCGACUACUGUGUACAACAAAUUUGAAAAUCAUUUUACAAUCGAUCACUAACCUUUGUGUUACGGGACCACGGGGUUCAACAUCAGUAUUUCAGCUGUUUUUCCAACCAUUGCUAUCCCUUAGACGGGAUGACAAGGGCUUUGUAAUUCAGGUCAUUCAUUAUUCAUCAAGAUAUCUACAAUGUCUUUGUGGGUGACAUGCUGUGCUGCACUCGGCCACUAAUGUGGUCUGGCUCCUGGUGGAAUUUAUUCAAACAUAAGCCCCAAACUAUGAAAAAAAUGUUGAAUAUUACAUUGAGUCGACACUGGCCAUUGUCAAGUUGUCUUUUUAGGAUUAAGCAGCAUAAACACUGGUGAUUCUUGGAUUUCAUAUUCCCUUCUUCUUGAUUGCAUGGCAUCACAUUGUAGUUUACAGGAGUCAAUAGGGAUUCCAGGACUUUGAUGAUACGUCUUAGGUUCUUGCUCUUGGAGAGUGUUAGAUUAUCCUUGUAUUUUUGCUCAACAACAUCCGAAGAAUCUCGCUCAGCAAGUGAGAACUGUAUUGUCUCAUGUCAAAGGAUGUCUUAAAGUUGUCGAAAAUUGAAGAACCAUGCUCCACCGUUUUCCUUUUUUUUUCUGAGAUUCGGAACAAAGAAUUCCAAAUAUAUCGUGGAACUUAAAUCUAAGACCAUACUGCUCUUCUCUCUCUUCAAUUUCCAACAAAGACUACAUAGGUGUUCCUUAUCAUUAUCUGGACAUUACAUAUUAC